AUGAGUGGAAAUAGAAGGUUAUCUGACCAAUUAGGCAACAGCAUAAAAACUGACGUCGCCACUUACUCGACGUAUCGCCUGAUGGUGGCCAUGAAGAUCAUGCAAACUUUGUACAACGAACAAUUGAUACGACAUUCCGGAGACAAGAAUGUGGAAUUUUUGUAUGGUUUUUAUUUAUUCUACAUUGUUAUUUCUGAAAAAGAUGACAAAGAUGCGUGUCAACUGAAUAUGGAUCAUCAAAUUUUUGAAAAUGAAUGGAUGGAGGUAGAAGUUAAACCAGCAUUGAAUUGGGGACUGAAUAUUUCACCAUCAUUUCUCCAGAUACCAAAUAGUUUAUCUGAUAGGGGUCAAGGGAUACCUCAUUUUCUAUGUGAAGAUAUUGAUCCAGAGUAUUCUGACUGUGAUUUGGAUGAACAGCGACCAGAUAAAAAAACAUUACUGUACCACGAGGAAGAAUUAAUCAGAAGAGGUUGUACAGUGCAGCUCCAAAGAAAUGGACUAUUGAUAGAUGGUGUCAAGUUCAACAUAUCGGAUCUCAAUUCCAAUUUCUCAUCGCAGUUAAAUGUUGAAGAAGUCAAUCAAUACCUGAUGUAUGGUACAUUCCAGAAGUCUCCCCAAACUAGCAACCCACCAGAUCACCAAAGUCAGAUUGAUAUAGCCACAAGUAAUCUGCCCGAUUACCCUAGUCAGAUAUAG